UCCCUUGCUUGAAUGUGGGUCGUCUAAAAGCGCCAUCUUACUUCUGUUCAGAGUGCUGAGCUGUACGUUCCCGGUCCGAGUGAGAGGGACCCAGCUAUGCCACUUUAUCAGACCUGGGAAGAGUUCACUCGCGCAGCGGAGAAACUCUACUUGUCCGACCCUAUGAAGGUCCGAGUUGUACUCAAGUACCGACAUUGUGAUGGGAAUCUGUGUAUUAAAGUAACAGAUGAUGUUGUUUGUCUACUCUAUAGGACAGAUCAGGCUCAAUGUAAAGAAAAUGAGAAAUUCCACAGUCAAUUAAUGCGACUGAUGGUAGCCAAAGAAUCCCGCAGUGUUGCCAUGGAACAGACUGAAUAUGUGGAAAUAUAAUGAAUGUUCCAGUCACGUAUCACGGGAGGAAUGUAUCUAUUGGAUUUGGGCAUAUUUGGAAUGGACACACGAUGGCAUCAGUGGACUAUUAAAAUUGAGUUUUGUAAGGAUUUGGGGGCUCCACUUCAGAGUGGCUUGGUAGACUAUAUGCUUUCAUUGAAAGCUUCUAUUUAUUUUUCUUUCAAUUUGAGUGAGGAAAUAUAUAUAUGUUCUUUUCUGGAAUUCUUAAAGGUUAAAGUAUACUCAGCCAGAUUUAUAACUUCCUUUCUUAAAUCUUUAGGACAUCGCCUAAAGAUUCUCUGAUGGGUUGAAGAAUACUGUUAUAUAGACGGGGGUGGGGGGUGGGGUUGUGGAAUUUUAUGUUCUGUUAAAUUAGCGAUGCAUAAUCUUUAUAUAUUGAUGUAUUAUUUAGUUGGCAAAUAACAUCUGAUAAAUGUUCUACUGGAAAAACAAGGAUGCUUGUGAAUCAAUUCAUGUGUCUAGAUUUAAAGAUUCAGAACUGAUUCUUGCU